ACCUCCCCGCCGCCGGACGCCGGGUCCCGCUCCGUCGCUCUGGGUGCCGAGCCCGGGCCACUGCUGCCAGCACCCCUGCCGGGCCCUUUGACCGGGCUCUCUGCGCGCCGGUCGAGCCUCCGCCUGCUCCGUCCCCCUUUCUCUCCCUCCCUCUCCCCUCGGCGGCCGGUGGCCACCCUGCGCCAUGGACUCGCCCCCGUCCUCCAUGCCGGGGAUGGAUGCGGCCUUCGGCCAGCCCCCCUUGAGCAUCCUGGCCGAUCCCUGGGCCCUGCCGCUGGCUGCCGGCCCGGGCUUGGUGGAUGUCUGGUCGCAGGACCCCCAGGCCGGGGGUGCCAGCACGCCCCCCAGGCCGGAUCCCACGCUGGCCGGCAUCUUUGACAGCCCGUCCGGGCUGGUGCCCGGCGCAUCGCCCUGGGCCACGGACCACCCCGGGCCUGUGGGGCCGCUGGGGCCGGCCCUCGACGCGAUCGAUCCCUGGGCCAUUGCUCCGGCCGGCGUGCCGGACCCGGGGCCGGCCCUGGGCAUUGGCCUGGCCGGUGGCCAUGCCCUGCCCGAUGUGGAUGCCCUGAUCCAGCAGCACAUGGCGCGGCAGCAGGCCGCGGAGCCCGAGGCCGCGGAGCCCGGGGCCCCGGUCGCCUCGUGGCCUGCCAUGCACAUGCAUGGCGUGCCUGCUGCCGAUGACUCUGGCCUGCUGACCGAGGCGGCGCCGGACGCAUCGUCCGAGGGCAUGCCCGGCCAGCUGGCUCGGGCGCAUGGGCCCCAGCCGGUCGAGGCGACGGCCACCUCCUGGCCAGGGGCCCCGGAUGGCCCCUCGGCCGGGGAAACCCACCGCGAAUCCCCUGUCGACCCGCACGCCGGGCCGGCUGACCACCAUCUGGCCAUGCCCGGCCGCCAGGCGGCCCCGGCCCCCGGCCACUCGCGUGACAAUGGGCCUGCCCAUGGGGACGCCGCGGCUGCCGCCCCUGCCACCCUGGCCAUUGGCGCGCGGCAGGACGGCCCCUCGGGCAGCCGCCGCCCGGCCGGAGCCCCGGCCCGGGGUAUGUCCCCCUCCAAGGCAGACGACCCCCAGGGGCCGCCGGCGGCCGGGCUCGGGAUUGACACCGCCCCCGGGCUGCUGGCCCGGCAUCCGGCCGAGGCCCCCCCGACGCCGCCACUGGAGGCGCCCCCGCCGCCCGGGCCGCCGACGCCCCUGCCAAGCCGCGUGUCGGAGCCGGUGGCCUCUCCGCUGGUGGCGGCGGCGCUGAUCCACAACGACGCGCGCCGGCUGGAGGACCAGCUCCAGAGCAACAUCGCCAGCCUGGCCCGCGUCCUGGCCGAGGAGGAGGAGGUGGCGCCCGACGACACCGGGGACUUCGUGCCCCAGAUUGAGCCCCUCCACCCCGGGACAGAUCCCUUUGCCCUGGGGUUCGCCAGCUCGGCGCUGGCCCUCCAGCUGCAGGGGUCGCAGCAGCACCCGCACUCGCAGUCGCACCACCACUCGUCCGGCGGGAGCCGGCGCGCGUCGACCCAUGGAGGGGCGGCCGGGGCAGCCGGCACCGGGGCCAACCUGCGGGACAGCCUGCAUGCGCCCUGUGCCGCGGGCGGGCGUCUGGCCGCGGCCCCGGUGGAGGCGCCGUGCGACUUGGAUCGCCUGGCCGAGGUGACGGCCCAUUGGCCGCUGAAUCGGCCACCCAAGCCGGGGUCCUCCUGGCGGGCCUUCCUCCAGCAGUGGACCCGGCCGGAGGCCGGGGCCGAUGCGUCCCUCGCCGCCGGCGGGCCGGCCACAUCGCGGGUGGUUCCGCUGCGUGUGCGCGGCGACACCGGGUCUCGGCCGGCCGAGACUGCGGCCGAGCUGCGUGCCCUGCGCGAGGACCCGGUUCUCCGGGCCCUGACCCAGCGGCUGGUCAGCAUCGAUUUCCCGGACGGCGCGGCCUUCGGGGCCACGGCCCUCAUGAAAGCCGCGGCCCUGGGCUACUCGGAUGUCUUGGCCUUCCUGAUUGCCACCGGGGCCGACGCCAACCGCCAGGACCAGCGUGGCUGGACCCCGCUCAUUUACUCCGUCUGGUCGGGCAGUGUUGUCUCUGUGCAGCUUCUCCUGGAGGCCGGCUCGGACGCCUCGCUGCAGCGCUGGCCCCCCGGCCGGCAGACCGAGUCGGCUCGCGCCCUGCAGGAAACCAUCAAGGGCGUGCCGCUGCUGCGGGAUCUCCUGGAGCCGGGGAAGCCGUGGCUCACGGCGCGCGAUGUGGCCGCGCACCCGUACUUCGGCUAUCCGGCCAUCCUGUCUGUCCUUGAUGAGUAUGAAGACCGUCGCCGGCGCCAGCUGGCCGAGUGGUAGGCUCGGCUGGGCCGGUGUGGCAGGCCCGCGCACGGGGCCGGGCCCCCCCCCCCCCCCCCCCCCCC